AUGAUUGGACGUGCCGUGUAUUGGCGAAAAAAGUUGUUUAGUGCAGACAAACGGCCAUUCAAAAAGCAACAGUUUGGAGACAUUAACGAACAUUCUGCCGAUGAUGAUUCUGCACAAACAUCAAAUCGUGGCACCGGAAUAGAUAAAUACAACAUAAUUGACAAUAUAUCCCAAACAUCGACUGAACGAAUUUGUCAUUAUUCCGAUUUCACACACUUGGCCAAUUCUCAGCAAGACAACGGCAAAUAUCUCGACAAGUUUACUGACGACAAAUUUCCUCACGGCGAAUUUACUGAAGACAAAUUUCCUUACGGCAAAUUUACUGACGACAAAUUUCCUGUGGGGUGCGCUAAUGUUAGGAGACAAAUAAACAGAACAUUUACAGAUCCCGCGCUGAGCACUACUAUGAAUAGUUCUCGCAGCAAAAAAGCGGACGACUCGAAGGCUAGACGUCAUUCCCUCUCUCCGCGGAAAUCGAUUGUUUUAUCAAACGAAGUUGUCAUAAAUAGUAUUGUCACCACCACCUCUCAAACCAACGGCACGCCUACCGCACACAAACAUAAAAUAGUUAAUAAUUCUCCGAAAAAAGCUAAUUUUAAAAAGGAAGGAGCUGUGAUGACCACCGAACCGGAAGACAUUUCGGACUCUGACAAAGAGACCAUUCCAGAGGAUAUACAAGCAAGCGCUUAUCAUGAAGAAAUAUUUGUAGACAAGUCUCUACAAGACGGAACACCACUUUUAAAAGUGUCUGCAAAGAAAAAAAUGCAGAGAAUUUUCAGAAUUGACGUUGAUCAAGGGAGAAUAUUAUGGGAUUCUAAAAAGUCCGGCAAAGUCAACAUAGAAAACAUCAAAGAGGUUCGUAUAAGAGAAGCGGCUCGGUCCUAUCGCGAGCUGUUCAAAGUGAGCGUCGACUUUGAACCUCGGUGGUUUACUAUAGUCUACAUUGAAGCCGGCAAGUACAAAACACUUCAUCUGGUAGCGACAACCAAGUUGGAUUUCGAAAAAUGGAUAGAUACGCUCGAACGUCUAUAUUUCCAACGGAGAGACAUGAUGGGAGGACUCGGCCAUCUGCGUAGAAGACAGUCUAUAUGGCUAAAACAGCAUUGGAAGCAGGCUGAUAAAGAUGGGAAUUCCAAAUUAAGCUUUGAUGAAGUAGUUAGAUUAUGUCGACAGCUGAACAUUCAUAUGUCGAAACAUGUGUUAAAGGCCAAAUUUGACGACGCAGACCAGAGCAAAAAUGGUUCUCUAGAUUUUAGAGAGUUUCAACAGUUUGUAAAAUUGUUGAAGAAGAGAGACGAAGUGGAAGAACUGUUUACGAAAUUGGCUGGAUUCGAUAAUGAUGUGCUGUCAUAUGCGCAAUUCAAAGAAUUCUUGGCAAGAGUUCAAAAGAUGAAAUUGACGGAAAAAGAAUAUCGCACGCUUUACCACAAAUUCAGCGAUAAAGAACGUUCGGCAAUGACUUUGGAAGGUUUCACCAGUUUCCUCGUGUCAAGCGACAAUUCCAUAUUCGCACCUGAGCAGACUAAAAUCUUCCAGGACAUGAAUCAGCCAUUGUCUCACUAUUUUAUCAACUCGUCACAUAACACAUACCUACUUGGUCAUCAAUUGAAAGGAGAAUCAUCGAUUGAAGGCUACAUACGAGCAUUGCAACAGGGUUGUCGAUGUGUCGAAAUUGACUGCUGGGAUGGCCCCGAAAGUCCAAUAGUAACGCACGGGCAUACUUUAACAUCCAAAAUCCUAUUCGCCGAUGCUAUAAAUGCCAUUCGUAUAUAUGCAUUCAAGGCGUCAAGUUAUCCGUUAAUACUCUCACUCGAAGUACAUUGUAACGUUGAACAGCAGACACAAAUGGCAUCAAUUAUACGAAGUAUGCUUGGCGAAUAUCUCGUUGAUUGGUGUAUAUCAGAUAGCGAGACAGAACUUCCCAGUCCUGCCGCACUUAUGAAUAAAAUACUAAUCAAGGGGAAGAACAUCCCACCCGGUCAUGAAGACUCGGCAACAGAAUCUGAAUCAACAACAGAAUCCGGAUCCGAUGUCGAUUCGUCUAAAGAAUCCCAGGACCGCUUAAAGAAACAGGAAAAGUUAAAGAAAAGAAGUAAACGACGCAUAGCGCCAGCAUUAUCUGACCUCGUUAACUACUGUUCAGCCGUGAAGUUCAAAGGGUUCGAUUCUUAUCACAUAGAACCCUUCUAUCACAUGUCUUCCUUUUCGGAACGAGUGUCUUCUCGACUUAUUAAAUCAGACAGGAAGAACUUUCUUCGACAUAAUGUACGACAUCUUAGUAGAGUAUAUCCGGCCGGAUUUCGAAUAAAUUCGUCAAACUAUGAACCGCAUCACCACUGGAUGGCUGGAAACCAAAUGGUAGCACUCAACUGGCAGACGUUCGAUCUUGGUAUGCAAAUCAAUCAGGCAAUGUUUAUGGUGAAUGGCAGAUGUGGUUAUAUCCUCAGGCCAGAACGGCUACGAAAAUAUGAAGCCCUAACCACAAAUGCAUUGGCAACGGUAACGUCAUGGAAAUUGACAAUAGAGAUAAUAUCAGGCCAGCAAUUACCAAAACCCAAAGAACAAACAAAAGGAGAAAUAGUCGACCCCUUUGUUGAAAUCGAGUUGUUAGUUCCUGGUGCAGAAGUUGUAAAAUAUAGGACGAAAACCGUUAACGAUAACGGGUUUAAUCCUAUUUGGAAAGAAGCGACUGAUUUUACAAUACAAUUCGAAGAGCUUAGUCUUGUGUUUUUACGAUUCAGUGUAUAUGACGAAGACAUUCGAACUAGUGAAUUCAUCGCGUCGUAUUGUAUCCCUGUUGCAAGUCUACAACCUGAACAAAAGGGCGAAAAGAUAACUGGAAAAGACGAAAGACAUUGCUCUGUGAUAGAGCUCAAGCAUUUCUCAAACUUCCAUCUUGCUGAUUUUAUAACACUGGGAAAUGGUGCAUGUGGGUCUUUCGCUAUAUUCGCGAAUAUGCAAUAUUUGGCCACGGGCAAUACUAUUUACAUUUGGCUCGGGAUACUUCUCAUUGCAUGUGGCCUUUUUUUUGACGUUAUGGAUGGGAAAGUAGCAAGAUGGAGGAAGAAUUCUAGUUCUUUGGGACAAGAAUUAGACUCGCUGGCCGAUUUGAUAUCUUUUGGCAUGGCUCCAGCAACUUUAGCAUUCGCAGUUGGAAUGCGCUCACUUUUAGAUGUUAUCGUCCUUGCUGUAUUCGUAUCGUGUGGCAUUGCCCGACUUGCCCGAUACAAUGCGACGGUAGCUUCUAUUCCUAAGGAUUCUUCUGGGAAGAUACAAUACUUUGAAGGAACUCCCAUUCCGAUAUCUCUUAUCCUUGUUAUUGCUAUUGCGUAUUUCGUAUACAAUGAAAGACUGGAUGACGAUUUGCCCGGAGGGCUUUCUCACAUUGUGGGUGGAGUUGACUUUCAUCCGUUCGUUCUACUUUAUGCAUUAUUUGGAACUGCGAUGGUUAGCAAAACAUUGAAGAUUCCGAAAAUUUAG